AUGGUAAAUAUUUAUGGUGCCGAGGAAGGUAGCUUGCCAGAUAAACGAGUACAAGUAGCGACAACUGAAACUGCAGUGAUUGUGGGCGAUGAUCAUGUAGAAUCUACACCAAUUCGUGAAGAUAUAUGGAAUACUCCAGGGACGAGUAGUCAUCCCACCGUCGCACCUACAGCAGCUCCAAUGCCAUCUUAUUCGAACCCACCCAAAAAAAAGAAGAAAGCAGAAGACUCACUUGUUACGAUAUUUAAAGAGUAUGAGAGUAAUGCUAGGCAGUAUGAAAGAGAGCGUGAUCGAAUUGCAGAAGAGUUGGAAAGAGAGAGGAUUAGACAGCGCGAUGUAGAGCUUCAGUUACAAGCUCAAUGGCUGGACUUUAUGAAAGAGGCGUUAAAGGUAUUAGUUGCAUAUUUGGAGAAAUAAAUUUUUAGUCCUGCAGAGGCAAGCUUCGGCACGAAUGGGUC